GAAUAGAAAAUGAAGACGACACUCAACUGCACAUAAAAGGGAGAUUCAGUUCACUGAGUGAACUUGUGUUCGUUUCUGAGUUGUCAAAAUGGAAAUAUCUCAACGAACUUCCUUUCAUUAACUUCAAACAAGUUUAAAAACAAGAAAACAAAACACUUGCAUUCAAAAAAGAUUUGAAUACGACCAUGGCGAAUUUAGUGCGUGGUCCAGCGAGCUUCUGGACUCAAGCCAAUGCAUUGCUCAGAAAGAAUUUUACUUUUCAGAAACGAGAUGCCAAGUCAAAUAUUCGCCUCAUCUCGGUCCCUAUAAUACUUUGUGUAUUGCUAGUUCUCAUUCAAAAUUGGGUCAAUAAAGAGUUGGAUAAACCAUGGAACAAAUGCGGCUGCAAAUGUGUUGACAAAAAUGGUGAUGGAAAAUGUGAAAAAGUAUGCGGUAUCGAAUACUCAGAUUUAAGCCAAGCCAUCAGCUGUUCAAUUCCUAGACCACUGGAAUGGCCACCCUUUUUACAGAUACCAGAAUCAACGUAUCGUGCUGUACAAACUGAUUUUAUUUCAUACGGGGACUUGCCCGAUGAUUCUUGCAAAAGAUCGUGUUCUUGUCCAGCUACUAUACUUCUGACUGGAACUAAUCAGACUUUUGGAGAAAGUAUGGGUAGAAAUUUGUUCAGCAGUGUAUCAACUCUAAGUUCCUCUGACAUUUUCGAUAGCUUAGUCUAUAAUAUCUUGGGUUCCGAGUCACAGCCUAAGUAUAUGAAUUUUCUUGAGGCAGCUUUCUUCUCUAACACGACAGUCUACAACGUUCGGUCGCAGUGUUCUCCUAACUUCACAUUUUCUUUUCCAUUAGAAUUUGGUUCUGUAGCUCUUCAACAAGAGAUAAGUUGUGUAAAAGCUUUACACUUGUGGCGUAAUAGUUCUUAUGAGAUCAAUGAUGAGCUGUAUAAAGGUUACAGGAAUGGGAAUCCAGAGGGAAAGAUAAACGAGAUAAUAACAGCAUAUGAUUUCCUUAACUCAAAUGGAAUUGGUUUCAAUGUGAGUAUUUGGUAUAACUCUUCUUAUAAGAAUGGCAAAAGCAAUCUACCUAUGGAAUUGACAAGGGUUCCUCGUUCAGUGAAUUUGGCAUCAAAUGCCUACAUCCAGUUUCUGCUCGGACCUUCUGCAAGAAUGCUGUUUGAGUUUGUCAAAGAAAUGCCCAAACCAGAAACAGAACUCACUCUGGACUUUGGUUCUCUCCUGGGACCACUAUUCUUUACAUGGGUGGUUUCACAACUUUUUCCUGUUGUUUUGAUAGCUCUAGUUUAUGAAAAGCAGCAAAACCUGAGAAUCAUGAUGAAAAUGCAUGGACUUGGGGAUGGUCCCUAUUGGAUGAUUUCUUAUGCUUAUUUUCUGCUCAUAUCUUCUAUAUACAUGUUAUGUUUUGUGAUUUUCGGCUCAUUAGUAGGUAAUGCUAUAACGAUUCAGUUGAAAAUUUCCUUUGUUUCCCCCUUUUCCCCUUUUGCAGGCUUGAAGUUCUUUUUGCUUAAUGAUUACAUCAUCCAGUUUGUGUUUUACUUCAUCUACGUAAACUUGCAAGCGUCCCUUGCUUUUCUAGUUGCUGUGUUUUUCUCUAAUGUCAAGGCAGCCACAGUCAUCGGCUAUAUAAUGGUGUUUGCGAAUGGACUCUUGUCAGAAUUCCUUUUCCAGUUCUUUCUCCAGGAUGAAUCAUUUUCCAGAGGCUGGAUUAUAGUUAUGGAGCUAUAUCCUGGCUUUUCUCUUUUCCGUGGAUUUUAUGAGUUUUCCCAAUAUGCUUUCAAGGGUAAUUAUCUGGGAACAGAUGGUAUGAGAUGGAAAGAUUUGAGUGAUGACAAAAAUGGGAUGAAGGAGGUCCUAAUAAUUAUGUUGGUGCAGUGGCUGAUGCUUCUCGUUCUUGCUUAUUACAUUGAUCAGAUUGCAUCAUCAGGGAAAGAUCCCCUAGUUUUCUUGUGGAAUUCCAGAAAGAAGCCUUCACAUUCCAUCAGGAAACUCGGUUCAGGAAGGCAGGGGUCUAAAGUUUUCGUACAAAUGGAGAAACUUGAUGUUGCUCAGGAGAGGGAGAGAGUUGAACAGUUGCUUGAGUCAAGUACAAAUCACGCCAUCAUAUGUGACAAUUUGAAAAAGGUUUAUCCUGGGAAAGAUGGAAACCCUGAAAAAAUUGCAGUGAGAGGAUUGUCACUUGCUUUGCCUCAAGGGGAAUGUUUUGGUAUGCUUGGUCCCAAUGGUGCUGGCAAAACUACUUUUAUUAACAUGAUGAUUGGGCUCAUUAAACCAAGCUCCGGUACUGCAUAUGCUCAUGGUAUGGAUAUACGAACAGACAUGGAUAUGAUAUACACCAACAUGGGUGUGUGUCCGCAGCAUGACUUGCUUUGGGAAACAUUAACAGGAAGGGAACACCUACUUUUCUAUGGAAGGCUUAAAAAUCUUAAAGGAGCAGACUUGACACAAGCAGUUGAAGAAUCUCUUAAGAGUGUUAACUUGUUUCAUGGAGGCAUUGCUGACAAGCGAGCUGGGAAAUACAGUGGUGGAAUGAAGAGGAGGCUAAGUGUUGCUAUUUCACUGAUUGGAGAUCCCAAGGUUGUCUACAUGGAUGAGCCCAGCACAGGUCUGGAUCCAUCUUCACGAAAUAGCUUGUGGAAUGUCGUCAAGCGUGCAAAGCAAGACAGAGCAAUUAUUCUCACUACCCAUUCCAUGGAAGAAGCGGAGCAUCUUUGUGAUCGACUGGGAAUAUUCGUUGAUGGCACCUUUCAGUGCAUAGGAAAUCCUAAAGAGUUGAAGGCAAGAUAUGGAGGGUCUUAUGUGUUUACGAUGACAACAUCAUCAGAUAACGAGGAGGAAGUGGAACACAUGGUGCGACGCCUAUGCCCAAAUGCCAACAAGAUAUACCAUAUAUCAGGAACACAGAAGUUUGAGUUGCCAAAGCAAGAAGUUAGAAUUGCAGAUGUAUUUCAAGCUGUUGAGAAAGCAAAGGGUAGAUUCAUUGUUUAUGCUUGGGGUCUGGCUGAUACAACUUUGGAGGAUGUAUUUAUCAAGGUUGCUCGCUCUGCUCAUGCUUUCAAUGUUCUUUCUUGACAUCCUUAUCAGAACCAAUCUAUACUACAUUUUAUUGCGGCUCAUGUUUUUCAUUUUAUGAAAAUUUUGUCUGAAUCACGCUGUAAAUAUUGUAUUUAUUUAUUAUAAAACAAUUCGCUUCCGAAUA